AUGGAACCGCUUCUUCUUCCCCUCUGCAUCUCUCUUCUUGCCCACGCGGCGGAGGUGGCGAGCAGACAAGCGAGGCCUGGGGCCGGGGGAACGGCUGUUCUUCCGCUACGGGUGCAGGAGGUGGCGCUGCUGCCUACGCAAGCGCCGACGAACAGGCUCCAGUUCCGCCACAAUGUGAGCCUGACCGUUCCGGCGGCGGUGGGCACGCCGCUGCAAAACGUCACGAUGGUGCUUGACACCGGCAGCGAGCUCUCCUGGCUGCUCUGCAACCGGAGCCACGUGUCGUCGCCGCCACUGCCGCCGGCGUUCAACGCGUCGGCCUCGUCGACGUACGACGUCGUCCCCUGCUCGUCGCUGGAGUGCCAGUGGCGCCGGCUCGACCUUCCCGUCCCGCCGUCCUGCGACGCGCAGCCGUCGAACGCCUGUCGCGUGUCCCUGUCAUAUGCCGACGCCUCAUCGGCCGACGGAAUAUUGGCUGCCGACACCUUCCUCCUCGGUGGCGCGCCACCUGUGCCCGCGCUCUUCGGCUGCAUCACCUCCUACACGUCCACCACCGGCAACGGCAACGCCACAAACUCCUCGGAGGCAGCGACGGGCUUCCUCGGCAUGAACCGGGGUAGCCUGUCGUUCGUGACGCAGACGGGCAUGUUAUGCAUUAACACAUAUCUAAUUGAUAUUCAGGAUUAG